AUGAAUCCUCCUUAAAAAAAAAAGAAAAUAAAGUGUAAAGAUCAUUAAGAUGAAGAUAUUAUUCAGAUUUGCAAGAGUCAAAUUUGCGAAGUAGACUGGAAAAUUAGUUGUAUGAGAUGUUUAAAGGAUGUUGACCAUUUAAGCUGUGAUUCAAUUUCGAUAAAAGAUGUUCCGUAGCAUGUAGAAAGCCAUAACAAACUGUUUGAAGAAACAUAAAGAAAUCUCAAUAAAGUGGAAAAAAAAUUUAUUGAAAAUAUAAAAUUUAUAAAUGAAGUCCUAGAGGGGUAUAAAGUUGAUGAAAGCUUCAAAGUCAUUUCUUCUUUGGAGGACUUAAAUUAUUUGGGAAAAGUAAUCACAAAAUUUCCAACAGUCUAUUAUAAAAUAAAAGAAAUUUCAGAAUCGAUUUAAAAAGUAUUAGAAAAAUGCUCUAUUCAAAAAAUUGACACAUUAAAAUAGUUUAAGUAAGAUAACCUGUAGGCUACAAUGAUUCAGAGAAAUACCCAAAUAUUAUCAUAAACUCAAUAGAAUUAAAUGCAAAUAAACCUUGAAGAAACUACUAUUAAUUAACAAGAUCUUAUAAAUGAUUAAUUAGAGGUGCUACUAAAAAAAGGAGAAGAAAACAUGACUUCGUAAAAUUAUUAAAUAGCAAUAAACUGUUUUGAACAAGUUCUUUCAUAAAGGCCUGAAAACAUCGAAGCCAAAUCUAGUUUAAUAAAUGCUCUAAAAGAAAUGAAUUAUUUUCACUCCUGUUUUAUUCUUUAAGAAAAAUUAAAAGAAAGGGAUCCUUUAAAUUUUGACGCUGUUUUCUAUAAAGGAUUAAAAUUUUAUCUAAAUUAACAAUACAGUUAAUCUAUUGCAUAUAUCUCGCCUAAAUUAAACAAUUUUUCAGAUCCAAAUUAAGAAAAACAAUUAUUAAAAUUGCUUUGCAAUAACUAUAUGGAGAAUAAUUAAUUUGUUGAUGCUAGAAAAAUAUUGAAAUAAUUAGCAUCAAAAUAGGAUAAUGCUUUUGAUGUUUUUUAAGAAUUUGGUAAAGAAAAUGUAAUAUAUUUCAAAGCAAAAUGUUAUUUAUUGGAAGGUUAUUUGGAGGAGGCUGAAAAAAGUUUAAAGAAAGCAACUGAACUAAAUAAUAAUGAUUUCUAAAAUAUUAUAAUUUAAAUUCAAAUAUUUAAAAAAAAAAAAGAAUACAAAUAAAGUUUGGAUCUUAUAAAUUAAUAAUUAAAUCAAUAAAUAAGAAAUAAGGAUAAGAAGAAUUUAAUGAAAUUGAAAACAUUUAUUCUUCUUGAAUAAAGAGAAUAUUAGGAGGCUAUGGUCCAUUGUUAAUAGUUCCUAGAAAAUUAUGAUGAUGAUAUUGAUAUUUAUUCAAUUUAUGGAAAGUGUUUAUUGGAAAAUAAGUAGUAUCUAUUGGCUAUACAUUUUUUUGAGAAAAUAUUAAGUUAAAAAUAAAAUCAUUUGAAGCCUAGGAUGGAAAAAGUAGUUUUAUAUAAUAAGUUAGACUCGGCUUAAUAAAUUUUAAAUUCAUAAAAUAUUAAUUAAUAGAAUUAAUUGGAUAAAAACUAGAUGAAUCAAAUUUCUUCUAGAACUCUUAGAAAUAGGUAAUUGUAGUAAUGUUCACAAGUUCCACCUUUUUAAGGAAUGGAUUAUAAAAAAUGGUUACAUGAGGCUGUCAAUAUUUUGAUUGAAUGCUCAUACGCACUCACAGAUACUUUUUUGGAUGACUGCAUUAGAAGUUUUCCCUUAGAUGAGACGCUUCUAAUUUGCAAAGCUCGAUAUUAUCUCAAAAGUAUUAAUACUAUGCCAGAGUACAAGAUAAAAGCUACUUAACAGCUUUAAGGAGCAUUAAAUAUAAAUCGCCAUAAUAAAGAAGCUUAAAGCCUUUUAAAUUCACUUAGACCUCAAACAUCAUUUGGUAGAGGGUAAACUUAUAAAUGA